AAAUAUCAAAUUUCACCUGGAGUGAAGAUUGCAACUACAACAACAACCAGCCUUCUUCCUGAAAGGAUUGAUUUAUACGUAUAUACCAGGGCCAGCGUAGCAUUCUUUCAUCACAAUACGAAUCGCUUUGGUGGAAAGCACUUUGAUAUACCUGUUGCAUUUGACGACUUCAAAUUAAGCAGUGAAACGUCUUUAACUAGAUAUAUAGGAUUUCGCUUCAGACGAGGCUUAGAUAAGUGUCGGGAUGCUUGUCAAAUUUUGUCUCAUUCUUUGCGGUUUGUUCUUCCUGGAAGUUGAAUCAUCAGGAGGAAAGCCGACGUUAGUUGACAAAUCGACUGCUACUUACUUGGCGAAAGUUGGGGAAAAAAUUCGUUUAAAAUGCAAUUUCAACCGCUGGGAGAAUGGUUGGAAAAUGACGUGGUACAAAGACGGCGCAGUUGUUCGGGUUCGAGGAAGGCCGAGGUUUAGAAUGCGUAAUGGGAUGACGAGCAUUUUGAGAAUCCGUAACGUACGAAACCGCGACGCCGGAAUGUACCAGUGUGUGGCUAGAAACAAAUAUGGCACAGAAAGUAAACAACUGAGUUUAACAGUCACAAGUCAAUUAAAACCGCGUGGUUUACCUGGACAAGGUCCACCGUGGUUCAAAAAGCUGAUGCCACCGAAACAGUACAUCGCCUGGCCAGCGUCGAAUGAUCUGAAAUUGCGCUGUGCGGCUGACGGAGAACCUCCCUUGAAAUAUCAGUGGCUGAAGGACGGUAAAAUCGUAACAUAUCGCCGCUUGGAUCCAAAGUUUAACGGUACAAAGUGGUAUCUGAGGAUCAAAACAGCCGUUCCAUCCGACAACGGUCUGUACAAAUGUAUCGUGUCAAAUAGGCUAGGGAAUAUAUCAUGUGAAACCAGACUUGCCGUAAUAGAAAAGGGACCAAUACGUCCAGUGUUGUCCAGUCGCUUCCCAGUCAACAAAACUGCCCGUGUUGGCGACAACGUGACAUUUCAGUGUAUAGAGCUCUUUGGUCCAAUGUUGACUGACUAUCGUUGGCUUCACUGGAAGAAACUGCCUCCUAGUUACCCGGAGUUGAAAUUCGACGGAAUACCCACCGCCAAUUCGUCGUAUUAUACAUUAAUUAAUCAUCGACAUUAUAAAGCGUUUGAGGUCGACAAAAAGGACGGAAAAUACGGGGGGAAAGUUUAUUUGAAUAAUGUUACAAAAGAAGACGAAGGAAUGUACACGUGUGUGAUUUCAAAUCAUGUUGGACAGGGUAUUAGAAGUGCAUUCUUAAGAGUUAACGGAACAGAAAUCCACGCUGGCAAACCAGAAUUCGCACCCGAUUCGUACGUGGCCGACAUUGGCGGCACUGUCCGCCUGAAAUGCGCCUUUACCGACUGGCGCGUCAAAUGGGUGAUGACCUGGUACAAACGUGGCCAAAUUUUGCAACUUACGACCAACGGGCGGAUCCGAUCUCUCGUCGGAAAAUCGUCGUUUCUCGUUAUCAGACAUGCGCAGAAGGAUGACGCUGGUAUAUACGAAUGUGUUGCGUCAAACGAAUUUGGUACGGUCAAACGAAAACUCGAAUUAACUGUCCGAGGUUAAAUUCUUGAUAGCAUUUCGUCCAAACGAAUGGUGAGAAAUUUGUGUGGGUACGUCUUAUAUUCCAUUUUUAUAAUUUUAAUUAUUUCUGCUUGGGAAAUUCAUGUUACUAAACCUACUAUCAGCAUAUAACAAAGACGUUUCAACAGAGGUUGUAACGUAUUAUUUUUUAUAACUUUAUAAUAUUAUAUAAAAAGGGGUUAAACGUGUAAUCAAAAUAUAUUAUUGUUUUACGUAAAUGAAUGAAAUACAUGAAUGUGUUUUAAUCAUGAGUAUUACUUACUUAACCUGGGGCCGGUUGUAUCAAGCCCGCGUUCAGCUUAAACGGCGGAU